CUUCGCCUCUCCGCAGUUUAGUCGUUGGUGAAUUGUAACUCAGUAAAGGACCACUAGUUUCAGCAAUCUGCCGGUCCAACGCGCUGCAUCUUAUCGACAUAAUAAGAAACAAAUUUAGAGCUAAGCAAAAUGGCCGACAAUGAUGAUCUUUUGGACUACGAAGACGAGGAGCAGACUGAGCAGAUUGUAGAAGGUAACGGAGAAGUUGUUCAGAAGAAAAAGGAAGUCAAAGGAACUUAUGUGUCCAUCCACAGCAGUGGUUUCAGAGACUUUCUACUGAAACCAGAAAUUCUGCGCGCAAUUGUUGAUUGCGGUUUUGAACAUCCAUCGGAAGUUCAACAUGAAUGUAUUCCACAAGCUGUACUAGGUAUGGAUAUUUUAUGUCAAGCAAAAUCUGGUAUGGGCAAAACAGCUGUAUUUGUGUUGGCCACUUUGCAACAGCUUGAAUUGACAGAAAAACAGGUCUAUGUUUUAGUCAUGUGUCAUACUCGAGAACUCGCAUUCCAAAUCAGCAAAGAGUAUGAGAGGUUCAGCAAAUAUAUGCCUCAAGUUAAGGUCUCAGUGUUCUUUGGUGGUAUGCCUAUUCAAAAAGAUGAGGAAGUUCUAAAAACUACCACACCCCAUAUUGUUGUUGGAACACCAGGACGGAUCUUAGCACUUAUCAAGAGUAAAAAGCUUAAUUUGAAAAAUUUAAAGCAUUUUGUUCUUGAUGAAUGCGACAAAAUGCUUGAACAGCUAGAUAUGCGCAAAGAUGUUCAAGAAAUCUUCAGAAGUACACCCCAUGGCAAACAAGUUAUGAUGUUCAGCGCUACAUUGUCAAAGGAAAUUCGCCCAGUCUGCAAAAAAUUCAUGCAAGAUCCCAUGGAAGUUUAUGUCGAUGAUGAAGCAAAACUUACACUUCACGGUCUUCAACAACAUUAUGUCAAAUUGAAAGAAAAUGAAAAAAAUAAGAAACUUUUUGAGUUACUUGAUGUCUUAGAAUUCAACCAAGUUGUCAUAUUUGUCAAGUCCGUUCAAAGAUGUAUGGCAUUGGCGCAACUGUUGACUGAGCAAAAUUUCCCAGCUAUUGGGAUUCACAGAGGAAUGACUCAAGAAGAAAGAUUAACAAGAUAUCAAUCAUUCAAAGAUUUCCAAAAGAGAAUAUUAGUAGCAACAAAUCUUUUUGGACGAGGAAUGGAUAUUGAAAGAGUCAAUAUAGUUUUUAAUUAUGAUAUGCCUGAAAAUUCUGACACAUAUUUGCAUCGUGUAGCUAGAGCCGGUCGAUUCGGAACUAAGGGUUUGGCUAUUACGUUUGUCAGCGACGAAGGCGACGCAAAAAUAUUAAAUGACGUACAAGAAAGAUUUGACGUUAACAUCACCGAACUACCAGAUGAAAUCGAUCUUGCAUCAUACAUUGAAGGACGAUAAAAAGGCCUACUUUAAUUUUAAAUAAUUAUGGAACUAACUUAAUCAGUGUAAAAUUUCAUUAAAAAUAUGUGUAAUUUUCAUUUGCUUUUAUGAUCAAUUCAUUAUCAUGGAUUUUGUAGUCAAUACAAAAAUAACCUCUAAAUGUUUAAUGAUAAAAUUCAUUUGAUAUUGUGAUUUUUUAGUUUUAUUUUAUCAAUUACUCAUAACAUUUUUAAGAUUGUUUAUCCGUUAAGACUUGUAAAUAACUCGAACUUUUGAUUUAUAAUAAAAAGUUGUACUUACUUUUUUGAUGAAGAAA